GGGAAAGUGGGAGUGGUGUCAAUGAGUAGGCAAGUAACAGAGUCUUCUGCUCAGCAAGGUUUCUGCACGGGCAGCUGGUUCUUCGUGCUGUGCUCACUUCAUUGAUUCGUUUACCAGGAUUAUAGCCUUGCAAAGAUGACAAUGGAUGCUCUGCAACUAGCAAACACUGCCUUUGCAGUUGAUAUGUUCAAAAAGCUAUGUGAGAAGGACAAAACAGCCAACGUUAUUUUUUCCCCACUGUGCACCUCAACGUCUCUGGCUCUGGCAUACAAAGCCACGAAAGGUGACACUGCAGAGCAGAUGAAACAGGUGCUCCAUUUACAAGAUGUCAAAGAUGUUUCUUUUGGGUUUCAAACAAUAACUUCAGAUGUUUCCAAACUCAGCUCUUUCUUUGCACUGAAAAUGGUUAAACGCCUCUUUGUAGACAAGUCUCUCAAUCCUACCACAGACUUUGUCAACUCCACAAAGAGACCUUUUCCAUCUGAACUGGAAUUAGUGGAGUUCAAAGAAAAAACUGAGGAAACCCGAGAAAAGAUCAACAAAUCCCUUUCAGAGCUGACUGAUGGAAAAAUGGAGAAUGUUUUGAAUGAGGACAGUGUAAGUGACCAGACUCAGAUUCUUCUAGUUAAUGCAGCUUAUUUUGUUACAAACUGGAUGAAGAAGUUCCCAGAGGCAGAGAUCAAAGAAUGUCCUUUUAAAGUCAACAAGACUGAAACUAAGCCAGUGCAGAUGAUGAAUCUGGAAGCUACUUUUUGCCUGGGCUAUGUAAAAGAUUUAAAUGUUGCCAUCCUUGAGCUCCCAUGCCUUAACAAACAUAUAAGCAUGCUUAUUCUCCUGCCCAAAGAGAUUGAAGAUGAGACCACUGGCUUGGAGAAGCUGGAAAAGGCACUGACGCCUGAGACAUUAUUACAGUGGACAAAUCCCAGCAUGAUGGCCAACACCAAAGUGAAUGUAUUUCUUCCAAAGUUUAAUGUGGAAGGUGACUAUGACCUGAAGCCACUUCUGGAAAGCCUGGGAAUGACAAAUAUCUUCGACGAAAGUGCAUCAGAUUUUUCUGAGAUGUGUGAGACAAAAGGUGUAGUUGUGUCAAAGAUCAUCCAUAAAGUCUCCUUGGAAGUCAAUGAACAGGGUGGUGACUCCCGAGAGGUACCUGGAUAUCGGAUUCUGCAACACAAAGAUGAAUUUAAAGCUGAUCAUCCAUUUAUCUUUUUGUUUAGACACAACAAAACUCGCAACGUGAUUCUUUCAGGCCGAUUCUGUUCUCCUUAAGCAGGGUGUGUUCAUUACAAAAAAAGCACAAUUAUGUUUGUGGUGGUGCACACUCCUGUAAAGCUUUUCUUCCUGACUAUCACCUUUGAACGGAAAUCUAAGAGGUUCGUAUAUUGGCUGAGUAAUACAAUGUACUCUACAUAUGCAGCAGAAGUAGUUUCUCUCCUUUGGUUUCCUCCCCUUUAGCGGAAUAAUUUCCACUGUGAAGAACACACCAUAUUUUAUUGAGAAGUAUCCCAGCUUCAGCAACAAGAACAUUUUGUUCCUCUGUGACACUUUCCCCAAAUGAAGUGACAGCCUGAUUUAAGAUAGCUCAGGAGCUGGAAAGGGCUCUAGGAGGAAGAGCUGCAUUCCUACUCCCAAGUAAAACCUCUCUCUCUCGUGACUCACACUCUCUGGAUUCCUAAUGCCUAAAAGGGGAAAUGUGGGCAUGUGGUAUGAUCUCCCUCUGUACCUGGCCACACUCUGGUGGUCCAGGGUGCCUUACCAGACCCUGCCAGCACCCAGUGAAGAAGUGGACAAGUUCUGCAGCAUAGCUACAACAGUUCAGGCUGGCAUCAGGAUUUGCAUCUGUGAAACAGCAGCCACACCAAGGCCUAUGGACACCAGAGGCAAAAGUCAUGGGGACAGUAUGUGUCCCCAGAAGACUCUGCAGCAUGAAGCUCCCAGACUGGGGAGGUGGAACUCUGCUGUGUGGCCUUCUUUGAUUUACUCCCUUCAGACAUGGAAGUUGGGACAAGAGGAAUCUUGUUGUAUAUAUCCUAAGGAAAAAACAUUAUGCAAAUUAAGGAUAGAACACACUUGGAUUAAUACUGGAAGUGCCACAGU